AUGGCAGAAUUAUUUAUGGAAUGCGAAGAAGAGGAGCUAGAACCAUGGCAAAAGAGAGUGAAGGAAGUGGAGGAGGAUGAUGAUGAUGAUGAGCCAAUCUUUGUUGGAGAAAUCUCAAGCUCGAAGCCAGCCAGUACAUAUAUAUUGAACAGAGUCAACCUCAGCUCAUCACGAAGGGGGAUACAGAAUGGUGCACCCAGUAGAGGUACAGUUACUACAUUCAAGCCUGACAGCCACCACUAUGCGUCACCCGCCUCCAGCCCCAGUGCCAUGCCUGUUUCAUCAGUCUUUCAAACUGUACCAAGACCUACAGCUAGCUCUGUAGCAGUUCAGCCGUUGUCUCUACCAGUGAAUGUUUCAGGAACUUCACAAACGCUACAGAGACCAGUUGCUGGAUGUUUAUCAGCACAGCAGAUGCCUGGGUCAAGUUCCGGAAUAUCACAGACUGUUAGCAGACCUGUAACCAUUCCAGUGACAACGCAACCAGCAUCAAGAAGUAUCACGGUUCCUGUAGUGACUCAACCUGUAUCCAGGCCAGCGACUACUGUAACAGCACAGCCUGUAAUAAUCAAUCAGGAUUAUAUUAUGGAUUCUCCACCAGCUGCACCAGAUAAUACAUCUGGUAUACUGUUUGGUGUGAGACAGAACUCGGGAGUUCCACAGUACCAGACUGGGCCAGCAGUGAAUGUAACAGGUCUGAAUGGGAGUGGUUUUGUAUAUAAGCUUCCUGCUACUUCUGAAGGCAACAGUGUAACUCCAAAAAAGGCCAAGCCUAAUGAGGUUGGUGCUGGAAGCAGUUCAGCUGUUUCACCUACAGUUAACUCUCCAACAGUAACACCGUCACGAAAUGUAUCUUCAAAAGGUACAAAUGCUGCAUCAAGCACCAUUAAAAAUGGAGGACCUUUUCCACGAGCUUGUCCAAAGUGCAAUAUUCAUUUCAAUCUUAUGGAUCCUUUAAAAAAUCAUAUGAAGUAUUGUUGUCCAGAUAUGGUAAAUGACUUUUUCCUGGGAGUGGCCAAAACGGAGUGUACAAACACAACAACCAAGACUGCUGAAUCUGAGAAGGGAAAAUUGAUUAUGUUAGUUAACGACUUCUAUUAUGGGAAACAUGAAGGUGACACCCAGCAGGUACAACAGGAACAGAAGACUCAUACGACGUUCAAGUGCUUCAGUUGUCUGAAAGUUCUUAAAAAUAACAUAAGGUUUAUGAACCACAUGAAACAUCACUUGGAGCUUGAAAAGCAGAGCAGUGAAAGUUGGGAAAGCCACACCACCUGCCAGCACUGUUACCGUCAGUUUCCCACCCCAUUCCAGCUGCAGUGCCACAUUGAAAGUACACACACACCUUACGAAUCAUCUACAAUUUGUAAAAUCUGCGAAUUAUCCUUUGAAACAGAACAAGUUCUUUUGCAACAUAUGAAGGACAAUCAUAAGCCAGGUGAAAUGCCGUAUGUUUGCCAGGUAUGCAACUACAGAUCCUCGGCUUUUUCAGAUGUAGAAACGCAUUUUAGAACAGUUCAUGAAAAUACAAAACACUUGCUAUGCCCGUUUUGCCUCAAAGUAAUUAAAAUUGGAGCACCAUAUAUGCAUCAUUACAUGAGGCAUCAGAAAAAAGGAAUAUACCGUUGCACUAAGUGCAGACUGCAAUUUUUGACAUGCAAAGAAAAAAUGGAUCACAAGACUCAGCAUCACCGAACGUUUAGGAAACCCAAACAGUUAGAAGGAUUGCCUCCUGGAACAAAGGUAACUAUUCGAGCGUCUAUUGGAUCUCUUCAGUCAGGGUCAUCAGCUACAUCUUCUGUUAGUACAAGCACAUCCAUGUUCCAGUUAUCACCUAAAGCUAAAAAUACAACCACUAGAAAUCAUAACAAAUCUAGUACAAAUAAGUCCAGAGCAAGAUCAAAACCAACCACAUCGAAGAAGCAAAAUGCAUGGGCCAACAGCAAAAAAAAAAAAGAAGCUACAAAUGCAGCAUUGCAUAAUCUAAGGUAUCGUUUGGGAGCUCAUAAAUGCAUUGAGUGCUACUCAGAAAUAAAAGAUUUUGCAAGCCAUUUUCCUGCUUAUGUCCACUGUAGCUUAUGCAGAUACAACACUAGCUGUAGCAAAGCCUAUGUGAAUCACAUGAUGAGUUUUCACAGUGCUCGUCCAAGUAAAAGAUUUUGGAUCUAUAAGAAGCAUUCAGAAGAGCUACGAGGUGUGACUGUAGUAUGUCUUAACUGUGAUUUCCUGACUGAUGUUUCUGGCUUAGAUAGCAUGGCCACACACCUGAGUGAAAGCCAUGCUCAUACUUGCCAAGUUAUUAUAGAGAAAGUUUCUGUAGAUAUCCCAACUGCCAAACCAGCAUCUGAGUUAAAGACUGAAAUCUCCAUUAGAGAGAGAGAAGCUAAGUUGGAGAAUAAUUCAAGACCUAGUUUAUCUGAAGGAAAAACAGAAACACCAGCUUUUGAAAGCAAACAAGACCAUGACUCUGCAGAUGAAACAAAAGAAUGCAGUAGAAAUCAAACUAAAAAUGUUGCAUCAGUUGAAAAGAAUGAAGAAAACUCGUCCUUGUCAAAUACAGAAAAUGUCCCUAGUUUGGAACUUCCUGACAACAGCUCAAAAAAUUCUUUGGAUGAGAAAGGAGCAUGUCGUGAUUUAGAUAAUAACAAACAAUUAGUAGAUGAGAAAAAAAAAGGUAUUCAUAACGAAAGUGAGUUGAAAACUUGCCAAAGUUCAGAUAACAUUAUCUUGAAUGAGCAGACUAAAAUACAUAGCUUGGAUGAAACUACACUUUCAGCAAUGAACGCAAGGGACUUAAAACUAACGUUGGGUGAUGAUGUUAGUUUUGAGCAGUUCUUGAGAAAAAGAGAUGAACCUGAAUCUGUUAGUUCAGACAUUAGUGAACAAGGCAGUAUUCAUUUGGAGCCUUUGACUCCAUCAGAGGUACUAGAGCAUGAAGCUACUGAAAUUCUUCAAAAAGGUAGUGUUGCACCUUCAUCAAAGAAAGCUGGACAAGUCUCUGAACAAACAGAUGAGACUUCUAAAGAAAGCAGUCCCAACAGAAUGGAAACAACUGUAAACAAGACAGAUGAAAAUGAAGCAAGCUGA